AAAUGGGAUUAGCUCAUUCCGUUACUCCCGACGAAAUGAGCGAAUCCCAUUUCGUACUGCUUACUGCUUACUCUUGCACUCUGUAUUCUGCUGCCAUUGUAGACCCCGCUUCAAUAUACCUAAGUCAAAUAUAAAAUCAAAUUAUUUCAUUGGCUCCGCCAUAUUCUUGGAAAGUCAGCUAUUAACCAAUCCCGACGUUAUAACCAGUUCACAUGUCUCUUAAACUAACUUUUCAUGAUGACGCUGAAAAUAAGCGUCGAGCGUCACCAUGAAAACUCAGCUUUUAAGGCCUGAGCACAAAUUGCUAAACAAGUUGUUUUAUUCGAGUGUGCAACAUAGUUAGAAAUUUAUGUAUAAAAUGGCUGUAAAAGAAAAACAAACGGAUCCCUCUUCGUUCGAGGAGAUAGAAUGGAACGUAGAAAAUGAAAUUCAGCUUUUCUUCUCCAUGAAUGGCCACAAACCAGUCGGUGUCAACAAAUAUUUUCACAUGGUGUGCAUAUGGGAGAAAUUUCGCGCUGCCAUUCACAAGGAUGUGCCAUUAAAAAUGAUUUGGGAUCAUUUGGAAUCUAUGUACGAUCUUAUGGCUUUGGAUGACAUGGAAGAUUUACCUUUUCCAAGUCAAGAGAUGGAUUUUUCUCUACCAGAGACCGAAUUUGUAGGAAAGCCUCGAAAAAAGGAGGAAUUAGAGAUAAAACUGAAGGAUCAGAGAGAUAAAUACAAAGAGAUUAAGAAGGAAAAGGAUAUUAAGGAAAGUUUGAAAAAGGAAGGUGUACUGCGUGAUUUUAAAGGAAGCAAAGACAUGGAGAAAAAGAAGGAAGAAAUAAAGAAGUAUGUGAAAGAAAUGGAGAUCAAGAAAGAUAAAUUUAAGGAUGCAAAAGAUACAAGAAAAGAGCAUAAAUCCUCAAAAGGUCGCUCAAAGGGCAAAGACGAUUCGGAAGAAAGUGCAUCAAAUGGAAAGAAAGAACGCAAGGAUUCAGAGUCCGGUCGUGAGCUCUUAAAAAGAAUCCCUAAGAGGCCAACCAGGCAAAGUGUAGACAGUUCUUCUAAAGCUUCUUCCAGUCCAUGCGAUACACCUCCACCGAAACGAAGAAGGAUAUAACAGUUAUCGUAAAUGUCGACACUCACAUUUAUGUUUCAUGUUAAGCCCGAGUUGUGUAAUUUUCAUAUGUAGCUAUUAUACUAUGUUGUAUUUUAACAAUAUGGACAUGUAUGUAUAUAUAUAAGGAACCGUUUAAAAUUUUUAUAAGAUUGUAUAGGCACUAUUUCUUAAAUAGAUCAUAUUUUCUAAACA